AUGCAAUCCAGUACACUUAUAGCACGAGCAAACAAUGCCAGUGCUCACACUUUUGCCAAUAGUAACCGCAAGUUCUGGAAAUUCGACUGGUACACACCGCUGAAGCCAAAGCAGAAUACUACAGCUAGUACGGACAAAACGGACAAGAACGAUAAUGCUGGGGAAGAACUGUAUAAUUUCAAGUACAAAACGUGGCUUCCAAGUGACCAGCAAGCAUGGCAGAUACUUGAUAACGAUUCCGACGAAAUUAUAGAUUUGUCUUCCUAUGACAGAACACGCCAAGUAGUACAGCCACAGGGAAGUGCUCCACCUAACGGUGCGCAGAAACCGACUGAGGGGCUAUCAGCAGACGAUAUAAGGGGCGCAGUUGGUGGACAAGAAUCGCUUCCAGGCUUCUCAGCGCCGCACGCUUCUGAGCUUGAGAAGAAAGAUUCAGAAUCAAACCCUGAUCAACCACAACCGCAAGAUCACACUAUAGAUCAAGAAAAGAUGCUAGGUCAAGAAAAGGCUGUAGAUCAAGAAAAGAUUGUAGAUCAAGAAGAAACUGUGGGCCAAGAACUACCUGCCAUUGUCGAUGAAAAACAGUCAGAAGAUGCCGACGGAGACAUCGAUUUGGCUUCGUCUUGA